UUCUCACUCAGGCAAUGAUAAACAAAGGCAAACAGCUCGAUGCAGUCAAAUUUAUCCAAGCUCUUAAUUUAGUGCACAAAUAUCCUUUAUUGCCUAUUCUUAGGUCAUAUGUGAAUGAUGCAAAAAAUGCUGGGAACAUGAUCCGCAUCAGGGGAGACGGUCCUGCCUCUCAGGAUGCAGGUGAUGCAAAAGAGCGGACAUUGCUCGGAGCAUUGCAGAAGUUCAUUAAAGAACACAAACUAGAAGAGCUGCCUAUUUUGGAAGAAGCUAACAACAGAAUGACACUAUUGGAUCUGCAAAGUGCAGAGAGAAAGCGAGCAGCCAAUGCUGCUGCUGCAGCUGCUCGUGAAGUAAGUAAGAACAUUCUGGACUCCAGGAAGAGACCACAGCUUCCAGAGAGUGCUGUACAAGGUUCCUUAGGCCAGAACACCCGCCCGGUAGGAACAUGGAGUCAGGAGCUCAUGUUAAGGCAGAGCCUCCCUACAGCUGGAGUUGCAAAUAAGUACCAAGCUGUUUCUAGCCAUAACAUAGUUCCAGCUACCGCUCAUGAUCCAUUGCUUUCUGUUGGGAACCAGCGUCCCAUUGGCAUCCAGAAUCAGACCCUGGCUGCUUCAUCUGUUCAGACUCAGUACAGUGGCGGCGUGGCAGACUUCUAUAAUUUGGCGUCGAUCAGACCAGGUGGUUUGAGUGUUCCAGGUGCCAGCGCAUCAUCAAGGUCAAAGCUCUAUUCUGAAGACCCCCUUGCGUAUGUCUCUCGAGCAUCCGAUAAGAAGGGUUCAUCUUACAGUUAUUCUUUGUCUAAUAUGUCGAAGUAUAAUCCGUAGAUGAUGCUACCUGACAUCAAGCGUUGGUAUGGAUCGAGACCUGCUUAGAUGCUAAAUAUAGUUGUAUAUAUCUCUAUUGAUGUUUUAGUUGUCGUUAUGUAAUUAACAGUGUCAAACUUUGUCAAUCUCGGACCAAAAAAAAAAACUGAAUCAAUGUCAAGCUUAUUUUGGUGACUCA